CAAUUCCAUUUUGUUUUCCCUUCCACCAAGAACAUACAAGUUCAAAUUAAUCAACAUGUCAAUUCCAAAAACUCAAAAAGGUGUCAUCUUCUAUGAAAGUGGUGGUGAACUACAAUACAAAGAUAUCCCAGUCCCAACUCCAAAAGCCAAUGAAAUUUUAAUCAAUGUUAAAUACUCUGGUGUCUGUCACACUGAUUUACACGCUUGGAAAGGUGAUUGGCCAUUACCAACUAAAUUACCAUUAGUUGGUGGUCAUGAAGGUGCCGGUGUCGUUGUUGCUAAAGGUGCCAAUGUCACAAAUUUUGAAAUUGGUGAUUACGCAGGUAUCAAAUGGUUGAAUGGUUCAUGUCAAUCUUGUGAAUAUUGUGAAAAAUCAUUUGAAUCAAAUUGUCCAAAAGCUGAUUUAUCCGGUUAUACCCAUGACGGUUCUUUCCAACAAUAUGCUACUGCUGAUGCGGUCCAAGCUGCUAAAAUCCCAAAAGAUGCUGAUUUGGCUGAAGUUGCACCAAUCCUAUGUGCCGGUGUCACUGUUUACAAGGCCCUAAAGACUGCUGAUUUGGAUGCUGGUCAAUGGGUUGCCGUUUCUGGUGCCGGUGGUGGUUUAGGUACUUUGGCUAUUCAAUAUGCUAAAGCCUUAGGUUUGAGAGUUUUAGCUAUUGAUGGUGGUGAUGAAAAGGGUGAAUUAGUCAAAUCAUUAGGUGCUGAAGUUUACAUUGAUUUCACCAAAACUAAAGACAUUGUUAAAGAUAUCAUUGAAGCUACUAACGGUGGUCCUCAUGGUGUUAUCAAUGUUUCUGUUUCAGAAAAAGCCAUUGAACAAUCUACCGAAUAUGUUAGACCAUGUGGUACUGUUGUUUUAGUUGGUUUACCAGCUGGUGCCGUUGCAAGAGCUCAAGUCUUUGGUGCUGUUGUCAAAUCUGUCUCUAUUAAAGGUUCUUAUGUCGGUAACAGAGCUGAUACAAGAGAAGCUGUUGACUUCUUUACUAGAGGUUUAGUUAAAUCACCAAUCAAGAUUAUUGGUUUGAGUGAAUUACCAAAAGUUUACCAAUUGAUGGCUGAAGGUAAAAUCUUGGGUCGUUAUGUUUUAGAUACUUCAAAAUAA